CAAUACACAAAUGGGAAAAAACAAAACAGUAAUUAAAAAAAAAACGAUUAGAAAACAUAUAUUAGAUUUCCACAUGCUUUAUAUAAAUUUAUCAUUUAGUGUUUAACGUGUAUUCCUUACUCCUGCGUCGGCGAUUAAUUGGAAUUUCAAUGUCCAAGGGACAAAGUAAUUUAAUACAAUUCAUUAAUUGCCGUUUAGUACGCAAUCAUCAACUAAUCAAAGAUGAUUUAUGGAUACGAAAUGGCAAAAUUGUUAAUCCAGAACCAAUAUUUUUCGAUGAGCAAUGUCUAGCGGACUCGAAAAUCGAUUGUGCUAAUGCUAUAAUUGCACCCGGUUACAUAGAUUUACAAAUUAAUGGAGGUUAUGGUGUCGAUUUUUCGUAUGAUACCGAGACUGUUAAGGAGGGUAUUAACAAAGUUGCAGCUGGUUUAAUUACAAAUGGAGUUACAUCUUUUUGCCCUACACUGGUAACAUCACCAUCGGCGACCUAUCAUAAAGUUUUACCGCAAAUUCCAAAGACAACAAACGGUGCCUCUGUUCUAGGCGUGCACUUAGAAGGACCCUUCAUUAACACGAAAAAGAAAGGAGCACAUCCAGAAACACAUAUACAGGACUUAGAUAAGGGCAUUGAUAGUCUUUUACAAACGUACGGUUCAUUGGAUAAUGUAAAAAUAAUCACAAUUGCACCAGAAUUGGAUGUAACCGGUGCAGUUGCACAAACACUUACCAAAAAAGGUAUAAUAGUAUCUCUGGGUCAUUCCAUGGGUAGCUUAAGUGACGGUGAGAAAGCUGCCAAAAAUGGUGCUUCACUCAUAACACAUCUUUUCAAUGCCAUGCUACCAUUUCAUCAUCGUGAUCCCGGUUUAGUUGGCCUUUUGACUUCUGAUGCCAUACCUCAAGAUCGUACAAUAUAUUACGGUCUUAUAGCUGAUGGUGUUCAUACCCAUCCGGCGGCCUUGCGUAUAGCGCAUCGUACGCAUCCCGAUGGCCUGUGUUUAGUUACCGACGCUAUAUCCGCCUUAGGGCUAGAAGAAGGUAUCCAUCAUCUAGGACAAUUAAACUUAGAGGUAAAACAAGGCAAAGCUUUUAUAGCCGGUACGGAUACCCUGUGUGGCAGCAUCGCCCCCUUGGAUGAAUGUGUUCGAAUUUUUAGAAAAGCCACUGGUUGUUCAAUCGUUUAUGCCAUUGAAGCGGCCACUUUACAUCCUGCCAAAUGUUUAAACAUUCAAAAUACCAAAGGCACCCUUGACUUUGGUUCAGAUGCCGAUUUUAUCUUCCUAAAUGACGAUUUAAAUGUCCUGCGUACAUGGAUUAACGGUUACUGUGUUCACGCUAAGAACCUAGACGUGCCUAUCUAAUCAAUUAUCAACUUUAUAAUACCCUAUGAGAUAAAAAUUGCAAAAUAUAUUUUUAUAAUAUUAUA